UCUUGGAAGGCGGCAUCGGGUGGAGAACUGCUGUUAGUUUGUACUGUGUUUAUUGUUAAGGUUGUGUGGAUUAGCACUGCGGUUCUCAGUUUAUUUUCAUGAUAUCAAAAUAUAGCCUUAAGAUGAGUUAAAGGUUCGCGACCUGCCCUGAUCUCACUAACUGGGAAGACACUGAUAGAGGAUGCAGAAGACGAUAUCAAUGAAGGAAAGGUGAAAGACGAGCCAUGAUUCUGCACCAGAACUGAGCUACACCUGCUUCCAAGGAUUACCCUCACCUGCCGCCAGACUGACCUGGCGAUGGCUAACUCAGUGGCCUUAGUGGUACCAGCCGAACUCUUACCGCCUCAGUCCACCACCUCCCUCUCUCCUUUCCCAUCCCUCCUCGGCUCAGGGGAGGACGGUGAGGACGACCGGGACAGGGGGGAACUGGCGGAGGGAGACAAGGCGGUGGUGGAGGGCGGAGAGGAGGUGGUCCUGGACAUGGUGUCAUCGUCGGUCCCGGGCCCGACCCACCAGCCCGAGCAGUCGGAUCAUCCCUUCCAGUGUCUGGACUGCGGAAAGAGCUUCAGGUGGUCGUCCAGGCUGACCCACCACCAGCGGAGCCACAACAACGAGAGGCCCUACCGCUGCAACGUCUGUCCCAAGGCUUUCAAGGGCUCUUCUGCUCUACUCUACCACCAACGGUCUCACUCAGGGGAUAAGCCUUAUAAAUGUCAGGACUGUGGCAAAGCCUUCAAACGCUCAUCGCUCCUCCAGGUACACCAGAGUGUCCACACCGGAGUGCGUUCCUUCUUGUGCCCCUAUUGCCCCUUGACUUUUAAAUGGAGUUCUCACUACCAGUAUCACCUGCGCCAGCACACUGGAGAGUGCCCGUACCCCUGUGACACUUGCCCCAAGGCCUUCAAGAACUCGAGCAGUCUGCGGCGACACAAGAAUGUCCACCUCGGCCUCAAACCUUACACCUGCUCGGUGUGUAACAAAUCCUUCACUCAGUCCACCAACCUGAGGCAGCACAUGAGGAUACAUACAGGUGAGAGGCCCUACAUCUGCAGCGAGUGUGGGCGAACCUUUACGCACUCAUCAAACCUGGCCCUGCACAAGCACUCGCACUCCAACCUCAACGCUGCAGGGAAGGAGAGAAAGAGGGCAGAGGAGAGAAGGACGGGGAAUGAGAUAGUCGAGGUGGUGGUCGGAACAGAGGAAGUGACGUCAUCGAUGCUGACGGACAUGGUGGGAUUUGUGAGCCAGGAAGGAACUGAUGGAGUCGGGGUGGGGAUGGAAGAAGUCUUUCUGUCGACCAGCUCCUCAGGCCAAAAUCCAAGCCUCCUCCCCCAGCUCACCCUCCAUCCCUCUGGCGAGGAAGUCUGCACGUCCAGGGCCAUCGGGACGGAGGUUCACCUGAGCACGGACACCGGGGCCAGCGUGCUGCUGUACAGCUGUGGAAGCUGCAGCCACACGUUCGGCACGCGGACAGAGCUCGAGGAGCACCAGUCCAUCCACAUGGUUCCAGAGGAACACGGGGCCAGCGGAGAGGCGGGGCACGGGUCAGGGAUCGAGGUCGGGGACGGGCUAGUGGGAGCUGGACACCUGCUGGCCGACUUCGAGGAGGUGGUGGAGACUACCACAGUGGCUGAAAGUGGACACACGACAGAGGUGCUCCUUGGAUUAGCGGAGGGAGCAGACGGCAGCAAUGCAAGUGUUGGCACCACCCAGGCCCAGUUUGACCUGCUACAGAGCUUCACCGAGGUGACUCAGAGCUCCGAGACCGUUCAGCCGGAGGCCAGAACCACAUGGGCAGGGCUGUCAUGUGGCUACUGCAGUAAGACCUUUAAGACCAGUGGAGGCCUCAACAGACACGUGUCACUGAUGCACUCUCUUUCAUCGCAGUCCCGAUCCCAGUUCAGCUGCUCCGCCUGCGACCGCUCCUUCCCUCUCCUCUCCUCGCUCCUGACGCACCAGCACUCCCACACACCUGAGCAGCGUCUUCUGGCCGAGGCGGAAGCCGAGAUAGUGUGCCCGCCGUCCCUCUCCCUGUCCCUCCCGCUGCCCUCCUCUCCGAGCCAAGGUGACAAGCAAACGGAGGGCCAGAGGGAGAUACACGUCGACAUCAUUACCGUCAGCGAGGAGCAGGAAGAGGAGCCGGCUAAACCGACCAAAGGCCACAAAAAGACUGCAUCCAGCAAGAGUGCACCUGCAGGAGAGAGGCCAUACCGCUGCUCAGAAUGCGGAAAAGCCUUCAAAGGAUCAUCAGGGCUAAAGUACCACAUGAGGGAUCACACUGGGGAAAGGCCCUACCGCUGCACCGAGUGUGGAAAGAGCUUCAAGAGAUCGUCACUACUCUCAAUACAUCAGAGGGUACACACAGGGGUACGGGCAUUCCAGUGUCCACACUGCCCUCUCACUUUCAAAUGGAGCUCUCAUUACCAGUACCACUUGCGGCAGCACACAGGUGAGAGGCCGUACGUGUGCAAAGAGUGCGGCAAGUCCUUCAAGAACACCAGCUGCCUGCGCAGACACAGUCAGAUGCACUCUGGUCUGAGGCCUCACAUGUGCUCUAUCUGCUCAAAGUCUUUCUCCCAGAUAUCGAACCUGAAGCAGCAUGAACGCACCCAUUCUGGCGAGAGACCUUUUCAGUGCACACACUGCAGUAAAAGUUUCACACACUCCUCCAACCUUCAGCUCCACCUUCGCACACACUCCUCACGCAAGGACUAUAAAUGCCCCUACUGCUCCAAGGAGUUCGUCAUGCACUCGUACUUGCAGAGGCACAUCCGCACCCAUGGCCAUGGGGCUUCCUUGCCUUCUAACGGCGGGGGAGCUAAACACGGCGUCGCUGUGAAGGCAAGCGUUGGAGGGGUGACAACCACCACAACCCUGCUCAACCCCAUCACCUUGGAAGCCUCAGGAAACAGUGGCAGCCUGAUUGUGUCCCAGCCAGCACUUAACAUCCCCCCCAACACCUCCCAGAACUACUUCAUGAUCCAGACAGCCAGCGGCCUGCAGCUCAUUCCUCUGUCUUCCCCUACACCAGCUCCUCCGCCGCCACCUCCCCCGCCUCCGCCUCCGUCCCAGCCUCAAAACUUUCUCCUCCUGCAGUGUCCCUCAAACAAUGGCAGCCAGUCCAGCUUGAUUCUCCUCCCCACAGCGAGCAACCCUCCAUCAGCCCCCGAGCCUCAGUCUCUCCCAGUACUUCAGACUUUCCAAGCAUUCCAGCCCGUCCUAAACCAGACACAGACUCAGAUCCCCCAGUUUACAACUGUAUCACAGCAACAACAGCAAACCAGGAUCAUACUUACCAACAACAAUAACAAUGCAAACACUCCUGUUGUCCCGCCAAAUCAAAGCCUGUCAGCCAACUCCCUCCUGACCAAGCCCAUAUUAGGAAAGAGCACACGGACAGCAAGGGGCAGGCGGGGGCGUAAACCGAAGGCUGCCCAACAGAAAUCUGCAACAGCUCCCGUCAGUGAGACUGCAGGUGGAGCUGUUCCAGCAACAAACUGUAAUGCGACCGAUGGCGCACAGGCUGUUACUGCUGCUAACACCCCCGCUGAGUCAUCACCAUCUUCUCUGUCCACUGUUUCUCAUUGUCCUCUGUCAACAUCUUGCACUACCGUCCCCACUCAUUUAUCUUCCACCGCUGUAGCCCUCACAGUGGACGCCUCAGGACCCCAAACAGCCGUUACCAUGGUUGCACCAGCCAACACAGCAGCUGCAGCAUCGGCUUCUAGUCCCAUCCCUGCUGCAUCAGAGACAAGACCUCAUACCACUGUGGGGCAAAUGAGGACAGGAGAAACUAUGGCAGGGAAACAGUUUGUGUUAUGCUUUGAUAAUGAAGGACAAGCGAAGGAGGGGAUGAACAUCGAAGGGGGCGGGGAGUCGUAUGUGUUGCAGUUUGAAGGGAAUGCAUCCGGGGAGGCAGCCGACGGAGGGAUGGGUGGAGAGGGAAAGUCGCUUGUGCUGCAGUUCAAGACAGAUGGACAAGGUGAUGGGGAACAGGGGGGAGAUAAAGGAAGGAUGAUAUCACUGCUGCGUGAAUGGGGAGGGGAAAAACAGGGUGAGCGGCAGGCGGGAGGAGAGAAAAGCCAGGGAGAGUCGUAUGUUCUUCACUUCCACACCGAGACACAGGACGGUGGUACGUCAAAUGCAACAUUCGGCCAAGAGCAAGACAACAGCCUGCAGCUGUCCUGCACAUCUAACCAAGGUUUAGUGCCCCUCGAUGGGCAGGAGGUGGUGUUUGAGCUUGGAGGCGAGACCAAGAUGGAGCAGGAAGCUGAGGAGGGCAUGCAGAUGAUAGCCCUGAUUGAAGGCGAAGGAGGAAUGAUGGGAGAAGAAGGGGCAGGUUGCAAUUCUACAAAUAACACAGUUACUGAGGGUGGAGGAACCAUGGAGGGCAUAUUUCAGCUGGAAAGUGGAGAUGGAAUUGUAAUAAUCGAGGUCAGCACCAGUGGCUUAAGGGAAGGGAGGGUGGAGAGGGGAGGAGAGGGUGAGAUCUCACAGUGUAGCGAGGUGAAGUAUGAAGGUGUAACAGCGGAGGCAAAGGAAAAGUCCGUGAAGGAGCACAACUCUACAAGCAGCGCAGAGGCGCAGACGUCAGCUGAAGACACAUUAAGAAACGGCCCCGUGUCUAACUCCACAGAGAUACCGUUCUCUAACUGAGGACGGUCUGCAUGUUAGAAGAAAAUAAGGUGUGUGUGCAAGUGAGUGCCUCACUGUGGGCUUUUUGUUAGCACUUUAGAGAGUUCUCCUGGAACAGAGAGAGAACAUGCAGUUAGACGUGUCGUAAUGCCAUGGUGCCGCAUACUAGAAAUGUUAUACAUUCAAAAAGGCUGUACAUGGACCUCUGAAUAUUCCUAAAUAUAUUAAUUUAAAUGACACUGUCAUUGGCAGUUUGUUUAUUAAGUAAUUAUGUUUUUGUGAAUAGCUGUUGUACACGGCCUUCUUUCUUCACAAUGUUAAUAGCAAAUAGUAACUAAUUAUUAAUAAAUCUGUUAAUACCUUU